AUGGAUUGUACGGAGUAUGGAGGAAUUGGAAUCGGGGAUUGGAUGUGGAGAAGGAGUGCUGCGCCGCAAGCCCUGGGAACAGGAAAUAAAGAUAGCAUUCAUCACGCCCAGCGAAGAGAAGCCGUUUGCCCGGAGUGGCGGAUCGAUUUAGUGUCGCUGUUAGUCGAUAUUUGGUCGAUAUACUUCAUCUCAGACAGGAAGGGACAUACUGGAUAUGACCCCUGCUCGAUGUGGAGAUUCCCCAAUACUUUCUCGUGUUCGUGUCACAAGCAGGCUGUCACCGUCGAUUUUAGUGGUGGCAGGGAUGAGCUGAUACAGCCUCCUCCCAGCAUCGACAGUGACAGCAAUUCAUCCUUCUUCAACUACCUUCUCUUUCAUCACAUCCAGACAUACAGCAGUCAAUUCCUUUCUUCUUUCGCCAUGCACGUGAACGGACAAAACGGGCAUUCUGCCCGCCUGGACUUUACGACCUUCCGCAAUGUCAUCAACAAUGAAUUGACCACCACCGCGCGCACUCGCCACGGCAUCAACCCUGCCAACCGCCAGCCCAACCCCGAGGUGCCAGUUUCCACCCAGCAGGACCUGGACCGCGCCGUCAACGCCGCCCAGAAGGCGUUCCGGCAGUGGUCCCAGGUGCCUCUGGAAGAGCGUCGCGCGGCCAUCAUCGCCUUUGGCAACGCGCUGGACGAGAACAAGGACGACUUUGCGCGACUCCUGUCGAUGGAGCAAGGCAAGCCGCUCGCGCAGUCGUACCACGAAAUCAGCAUGGCGGUCGAGUGGCUGCGCACGAUCCCGACCAUGGCCAUCCCCGAGGAGGUCAUCCAGGACAAGGACGAUGUCCAGGUGAUCCAGCGGUACACUCCGAUCGGGGUCGCCUGCGGCAUUAUCCCCUGGAACUAUCCCAUUCUGCUGUGCUGUGGGAAGAUCGCCCCCGCGCUGUCCACCGGCAACGUCAUCAUAAUCAAGCCCUCGCCGUACACUCCCUACUGCAACCUCAAACUGGGAGAGCUGGGCACGCGGUUCUUUCCCCCGGGCGUCCUGCAGGUGCUCAGCGGGGAUGAAGAUCUGGGGCCGAUGAUGACUGCCCAUCCUGGCAUCGGCUAUGUCAGCUUCACGGGGUCGUCAGCCACCGGAAAGAAAGUCAUGGCCAGCUGCGCGCCCACUCUGAAGCGAGUGACGCUGGAACUGGGGGGGAAUGACCCGGCCAUCAUCUGCGACGACGUCGACAUUGACGAGAUUAUACCGAAGGUGGCGACUCUCUGCUUCUACUGCUCGGCGCAGAUCUGCAUGAUGAUCAAGCGUCUCUACGUCCACGAGAAAAUCUACGACCAAUUCCGGGACGCCUUGGUCAAAUACACGCAAACCCUAAAGACCGGCGAAGGCACCGAGCCAGACGUGUUCUUCGGCCCCGUCCAGAACGAAAUGCAGUACGAGAAAGUGAAAGACCUGUUCACGACGAUCACCACCGAGGGACUGAACCCGGUGCUGGGCGGGAAGAUCGAGGAGUCUAAGGGAUACUUCAUCACGCCUACCAUCAUCGACAAUCCGCCAGAGAAGUCGCGCGUGGUGACUGAGGAGCCCUUUGGCCCGAUUGUCCCGCUGCUGAAGUGGUCGGAUGAGGACGAUGUCAUUGCACGCGCAAACGACACCAUGAUGGGGCUGGGCUCGUCGGUCUGGAGCAAGGACAUUGACCGUGCGACGCGGAUGGCCCGAAGGCUGGAGUCGGGGAGUGUCUGGGUCAACUCUCACUUCGAUGUGGCUCCAGGAGUGCCGUUUGGGGGACACAAAUGGAGUGGGAUUGGGACUGAAUGGGGGUUAAAUGGGCUCAGGGCGUACUGUAACUCGCAGAGUCUGUGGGUUCCAAAGAAGCUAGAUAAUGUUUCUAGAAAUUGGUCCAUAUUCAUUAAAAGACGAGACUGGGAAAAAAAAAAGGAAAAGUUACAACAAAUGAAAAAACUGGCCAUUCUGUCGAACUCCGAGGAAACAGAGGUAACGACCCUCCAACGGAAACGAGGUCUACGAUCUGCUGUUAGCUCUUCUAACUCUAAUAUUGCACCUACCUACCUACUACCUACCUACCUCCUACCUAGGACAGAAAAGGCGGAAUUGUCCCGCUGUCUAGUUUGUAGGGAAAGCGGAGAAAAAAAGUGGGGAGGAAGUAAGAAUGUGGAGAGUGUGGAGACUCUGAGAGGGAAGAAAUCCGGGGUCUGGGGAAGUGGAUCCACUGGGGCAGAGUACAGCACAGAGUACUCCGUACAGAUGUCAGGACACUCCGACAAGAUCAUGACCGACGUCGGGUCGCAUCAUUUCGUCAAGUCGUCCGCCAAGUCCGACGAUGUGCUUGUGCCCCAGCCGUCCAACGACCCGCAUGAUCCUCUUAAUUGGAACCGGUAUUGGAAGUUCAGCACCAUUGCCCUCGCCACCGCGGUCUCCUUUAUCCAGGGUUUCGGGCCCCUGGCCCUCGCGCCCAUGUUUCCCAAUCUCAUGGAGGCGUUUGAUAGUGAUUUGGCGUCUGUGGUGCAAUUAACUGGCGUGUGCAUUCUCGUUCUUGGCUUUAGCAAUUUCUUCUGGGUCCCGCUCUCACAGACCUUGGGUAGAAGGCCUGUCUUGAUCUUCUCGAGUAUCAUCUGCCUGGCGGCCAAUAUCUGGCGCGCCAAAGCGACCACGUACGGCAGCUUCAUGGGGGCUUGUGUCUUGAACGGCUUCGGUGCCGGUCCGGCAGAGAGCAUCCAACCGCAAGUCAUCGCAGACACGCAGUUUCUGCACGAGCGAGGCGCCUACAACACGCUCUACUUCACAUUCUAUUUCGGCUCUCUCAUGGUGAGGACGAGUCAUAAGACAAAACGAGUAAACACACCUAACCCUCCGCAACAGGUCGGCCCCAUAAUCUCAGGCCCCAUGGCAUUCCACGUCGGCUGGCGCAGUUUCUGGUGGCUCAAUGUCGCUAUGCUUGCGGCCGUCAUCGUGCUGCUAAUCUUCUUCUUCCCGGAAACCAAGUGGCAUCGGGUCCAUCCGAAGGACAUCCAUCAAGGAACGCCGCCGGACGAAGUAGUACAGCAUGAGAAGCAGUCUUCAGAGGCGAGACAGGAAAAUCUGGUGGUCCAUGAGGAGCAUGUCGUGCAGGACCCCUUCCUCCACCGCGGAUACCCUUCCAAGCGGCAAUUCCACCUCUGGCAGACAUCGCCACAGCCUCUCCAGACACUGUUCCUCACCUUCUGGGUGCCGUGGAAGCUCCACCUCUACCCGAUCGUCGAGUGGUCAGCCUUCGUCGUCUCGUGGUCGGCCAGCUGCUUCCUGACCAUCAACCUGACGCAAAGCGAGGCCUUUGCCGCGCCGCCCUACAACUGGUCCAGCCAGUCCAUCGGCUUCACCAACUUCGCCAUCCUGAUCGGCGCCUUCAUCGGGCUGGCCACCAACGGGCCCCUGUCCGACUGGGUCUCGAUGCGGGCGACCAAGAAGAACCGCGGCAUCCGAGAGCCGGAGAUGCGACUGCCGGCCAUGAUCCCCUACGUGGCCAUUGCCAUCCUGGGGAAUUUUGUCGUCGCCUUUGGGUAUCAGUACAAAUGGGACUGGAAGGCAAUUGUCAUCAUCGGCUACACCGCAGCCGGCGUCCAGGUGGCCGCUAUCCCCGCCAUCGCCAGCACGUACGCCGUCGACAGCUACAAGCCCGUCGCGGGGUCCAUCUUCGUCGCCAUCACCGUCAACAAGAACCUCUGGGGGUACGGGUUCAGCAAGUUCAUCACGCCCUGGAUCGAGCAGGCCGGAUACGUGCCCCCGAUCAUGAUGAAUAUGUGUCUGCUCGUGCUGUGGUGUCUGUUCGGCAUCCCGUUCUAUUUCUUUGGCAAGCGUUGCAGGAAGUGGACUUCCAGGUCAGAGGUGCAUAAUAUGUAA